AUGGGUCUGGUGGGCACCAUUGCACCGAAUAUUGGCAACCUCUCCUUUCUGGUUUUGCUCCACCUCGGAAACAACAGUCUUCAUGGACACCUGCCAAAUGAAGUCGGUCGUCUGCGUCGCUUGAGGGUGUUGAUUCUGCAAGAUAACAAACUGGAAGGCCACAUUCCUUCAAGUUUAUCGCAGUGCUCGAGGCUUCAAGAAGUUUCACUUCCUUACAAUAGAUUCACUGGAAGCAUACCAAGUGAACUGGGCAAUUUAUCAGAGCUACGCGAGUUGUUUAUCGGAGGUAACAAGCUUCAGGGAAGUAUCCCAUCUUCUCUUGGUAACAUCUCUACGUUACAGAGUUUGGCCCUGGAGAGAAACACUCUGGGUGGAAGUAUCCCAGAGGAGAUUGGUGAUCUCAUUAAUUUAAGGGAAUUGCUUUUGCCAGAAAACCAUCUGUCAGGCCUAAUUCCUUUGUCAAUUUUCAAUAUUUCUUCUCUUCACAUCAUUGAUCUCACUGAGAAUAGCCUCUCUGGAAAGCUCCCCAAUAAUAUAUGCCUCCAUCUUCCAAACCUUGAAGAGUUAUAUCUUGCGGACAAUCAGAUCAGUGGGUCAAUUCCAUCUGAUCUGUGUCAGUGUGGAGAUCUCUGGGCCCUAUCUUUAGCACAAAACAAGUUCACUGGAAACAUACCAAGAGAAAUUGGAUGCUUAACUGAGCUUUUGUUUCUGUCACUUGGUAUUAACCACUUGACAGGUUCUCUUCCACCUUCCCUGGGUAACAUUUCAAAACUAGAGGAGCUCUAUUUGGGUGAAAACAGCUUACAGGGAAAUGUUCCUAAAGAGUUGGGCAAUCUUUUAAAUUUGAGAAGCUUAAGCUUAGGCAUGAAUAAUGUUUCAGGUGAACUCCCUGAAGGGAUUUUCAACAUGUCCACUUUGCAAAACAUAGAGUUCCAGAUUAAUCAUCUUUCUGGUGGUGUUCCUGAAACUGUUGGCCUCUGGCUUCCCAAUCUGGAAGUACUCAAUCUGGCUCACAAUCAACUUAGUGGAUCAAUUCCAAUUUCCAUAUCAAAUGCUUCCAAACUCGGACUCAUGGAUCUAUCUGAAAACUUCUUUGGUGAAUCAAUACCAAUGAACCUUGGCAACUUGAAACAACUUUGGUUCCUCAAUCUUCAUGGUAAUCAACUAAAUAACCAGCCAGGAGCUAGUGAGCUUGACUUUCUUACUUCCUUGACAAACUGCAGAGUUUUGGAAGAAUUGUCUAUAGGGUCUAAUCAGUUAAACGGAGUACUUCCAGAUUCUGUUGGAAAUCUUUCCACUUCUCUGAUAAAAUUUGACACAUACAAUAGCCAGAUCAGGGGAAGCAUUCCUGUUGGAAUUGGGAACUUGAGUAACUUGUUAGAAAUUAGGUUUGACAACAAUGAAUUUAGUGGAACUAUUCCUGCGACCAUCGGAGAGCUAGGGAAGCUUCAAAGGUUGUACCUUAAUGGGAACAAAAUAGGAGGAAGAGUUCCAAGUGAACUUUGUCAUUUGAGACACCUAGGUUACCUAUUGCUGGGAGAAAAUAAACUCUCAGGAUCAAUACCAAGCUGCAUUGGAAACAAUAGCCAACUUGAAAUAAUCUACUUAGAGUACAAUGCAUUGACAUCAAGAAUUCCAAGUAGUUUGUGGAGUCUAAGAAAUUUAGUGUCUUUGAAUCUGUCCUCUAAUUCUCUGGAUGGAGAUCUCAAGCUGGAAUUUUCAAAUUCAGCUUCCAUUGAAGAGAUAGAUCUAUCUCAGAAUCGAUUAUCAGGAAUUAUCCCAACCACCAUAGGAAUUCUCAAAAGCUUACCCAUCCUUGCAUUAUCCCAUAACUCAUUUCAGGGUCCUAUUCCUCAAUCGUUGGGAAACUUGAUGAGCUUGGAAAUCUUGGACCUCUCUUUCAAUUCUCUGUCUGGUAAAAUUCCCAAUUCCCUAGAAGAUCUUGUUUAUCUCAUAGAUAUGAACUUGUCUUUCAAUAAGCUCUAUGGAGAAAUUCCACGAGGAGGGUCUUUCUUAAACUUCACAGCCGAGUCUUUCAUGGGGAAUGAUGCAUUGUGUGGUGAACCAAAAUUUAAUGUCCCCCCUUGCACCUCAAGUACUAAUGUUCACCAACGCAAAUCUCAUUUGCGUAUUCUCAGAUAUAUUUUCAUCUCCAUUGCUUCAACAGUGGUCAUAGUUGCUUUCUUGUUUCUGUUAAUAAUACAUCGAACAAGGAAAAGACAAAACCCAGUUCAAGUUGAUUUAUCACCUCGGACAAGACACAAGCUGAUCUCCUAUCAGGAGCUUCUACGCUCAACCAACAACUUCAGUGAAGCAAACCUACUUGGAGUAGGGAGUUUUGGUUCUGUAUACAAGGGGACCCUGUUCAAUGGUAUCACAGUUGCCAUAAAGGUUCUGGAUUUACAACUUGAGGGGUCAUUGAAGAUAUUUGAUGCAGAAUGCAGAGUUAUGAGCAGGGUUCGUCAUAGGAACCUUGUCAAGAUCAUCACCAGCUGCUCCAACCUUGAAUUCAGAGCUCUGAUUCUCCAGUACAUGCCUAAUGGAAGCCUAGAAAGAUGGUUGUAUUCUCACAACUACUGUUUGAAUCUCCUUCAAAGUGUGAACAUUAUGAUAGAUGUUGCAUUGGCAUUAGAGUAUCUGCAUUGUGGAUAUUCAGUGCCUGUGGUGCAUUGUGAUUUGAAGCCAAGUAACAUCCUGCUGGACGAAAACAUGAUUGCACAUGUAGCUGAUUUUGGCAUUGCAAAGGUUCUUACUGAAAACAUGUCAAUCACACGAACCAAGACUCUGGGAACUAUUGGUUACAUUGCACCAGAGUACGGAGCGGAAGGAAGAGUUUCAACAAGAGGUGAUGUUUAUAGCUAUGGGAUCAUCUUGAUGGAGACAUUUACCCGGCGGAAACCAACUGAUGAAACCUUUGCUGGAGAAUCAAACUUGAAGCAAUGGGUAGAAGCAUCAUUCCCUAGUGCAGUUAUGGAGGUUGUGGAUGCCAAUAUUUUGAGAACAGAAAAUGAAGGAGGCCUAACAACAGGAAGAUACCAACGUUGUCUCUCUUCCAUUAUGGAAUUAGCCUUGGAGUGCUCAAGGGAGUCACCUCAAGAGAGGAUUGACAUAAAACAAGCUGUGGCUCGACUUAAGAAGAUCAAGUUGGAAAUUCUUGCUAAUGAAGGAGAAAAUCGAGUAAUGGGCUGA